AUUCCGGGGUUGUGCUCGUGCGAGCACGGUGUCGUUAGGGUUAACUUUGGCGCGAUUUUGUCCGGGAUUUUUUUCUCUUCGAGCGGAUGCGGAUCCCUCUGGUAUGGUAUUCAGUGUGGAUAUAUGGGUUCGUCGUGGUAGCCAGAUUUUUGCAGUUUUUUAAUUGGAUUGGGGGAAGUGGUCACUUUCGUGGUGAUCUGGAGUAAAUGUGACAACUUAUGUGUUGGAAAUGGAGUUGUUCAGGGUAGGUGAUGGCUUUGCUGGGUCAAAUAGGAAAGUUGGAUGGGGCAAUUUCAAUGAAGCUCUCUCUCUCUCUUUGUUAGGCCACGACAGCUUGCAUAACUCAGUUGAUGAAGCCCUCCUGUUAAAGAGGAAAUCAGAAGAAGUUCUAUUCUACUUGAACGGACGGUGUAUUUAUUUAGUUGGAAUGAUGGGCUCAGGGAAGAGUACAGUUGCAAAGAUAUUAGCCGAAGUUUUGGGUUAUUCAUUCUUUGACAGUGAUAAGUUGGUUGAACAAGCAGUUGGAAUGCCUUCUGUUGCCCAAAUAUUCAAGGAGCACAGUGAAGCGUUUUUCAGAGAUAAUGAGAGUAGUGUCUUGAGGGACUUGUCCUCAAUGCGACGAUUAGUUGUUGCAACUGGAGGUGGUGCCGUUAUUCGGCCAGUUAACUGGAAAUAUAUGAAGAAAGGUCUAUCUGUCUGGCUGGAUGUGCCUUUGGAUGCACUUGCAAGGCGUAUUGCUCAAGUGGGUACUGCCUCUCGUCCUCUUCUGGAUCAGCCAUCGAGUGAUCCAUACACAGCGGCCUUCUCAAAACUCAGCAUGCUUGCAGAGCAAAGAGGCGAUGCUUAUGCAAAUGCUGAUGCUCGAGUUUCUCUUGAAGAAAUUGCAGCUAAACAAGGCCAUGACGAUGUCUCCAAACUAACACCGACCGAUAUUGCUAUUGAGGCCUUACUCAAGAUUGAGAAUUUCGUCACCGAGCAUUCCACAUCAAGUGGCCCAGUUGGGGACUUAAUAGUUGAUUCCCAGAAUCGAAGGACAAAGGCCUUGUAGAAUUUUGCCCUCUUUUUUUCUUCUUUUGGUGUAUCCUGUAUUUGUAGCAUGUGCUGUUUAACAUUAUAUUGAUUUAUUCUUUAUAUAUCCAAAAGAGAGAUAAGGCAAAGCUUGUUCCCCUUGUAAAAAUAGAAUAACGAAUGGAGCUGACGCGAGAUGUUCCACAAAUUUUCGUUCUGGAAAUAAGAAUCGUUGCAAUAUCGUUUGCCCAACUUCAUGCAC